AUGCCGCCCGCAGCCACCACGGCGCCGCUCUUCUGGUCCGCGCCCCUCCGCUACUGCCGCUGGGCCGCCCGCGAGCGUCCCGCCCUCUUCUGGUCCGUCGUCAUCGGCGCUGCAGGGCCCAUCGGCAUGCCCAUUGUCCCCCCCAUCCGCCACUACUUUGGCGACAUCAACCCGGCGCCCAUCCCCGUCACCUAUCCCGUUCCUACCGGCCCUCGGAAACAAUUGUCCGGCUACGAUGACUAG